CUCAGACCAUAAUGGGAUUGCACAGUGGGGAAGAAUGACCUGCCUUCUAGCAAGCAGAGUAAGCAGCGCCCACUUGGCAUGUAUGAAGGUGUGUAAUGACACAGAUCUCAGAGCCCCACCAGUCUGCCUCUCUGUACAACCCCAUGAACUGGCUGGAAUGAAAUAAGCCUUUCCCUGAGGGAGAGAAUGCUCAAGACAACCAAGGGAUGCACUUGGAAAUCCUUUACUGUGCUUAUGAAAAAGAGAGAAUUAAGCUGCAGAAGCCAGGCAGUGAAGAUUUCUUCAGGAGAGGUUACAUUCAGUGAUCUGAAACAUAAUGGUGGUUUUCAGAAAGGGUGAUCAUGUAUGGCUGGACACCCAAGCAAACAGUGAAUUUAACGUCCCUAUUGGGGCAGUUGUGAAGAACUCUGACUCAGGACGGAUCUUGCUGGAGGAUGACGAAGGCAAGGAACACUGGAUCACAGCUCAGAACAUGCACAUGGUGCACCUGAUGCACCCCUCCUCUGUCCAAGGGGUGGAAGACAUGAUCCGCCUUGGGGAUCUCCAUGAAGCAGGCAUGGUGCACAACCUCCUUAUCCGCCACCGGGAGCACAAAAUCUAUACUUACACGGGAUCCAUCUUGGUAGCAGUGAAUCCAUACCAGCUGCUGCCUCUCUACACAGUCGAUCAGAUCAGACUGUACUGUAACAGGAGGAUUGGAGAGCUACCACCUCAUGUCUUCGCCAUUGCAGACAACUGCUACUUCAAUAUGAAGAGGAAUAAGAGAGACCAGUGCUGCGUGAUCAGUGGGGAAUCUGGAGCUGGGAAGACUGAAAGCACAAAGCUAAUACUACAGUUUUUGGCAGCUGUCAGUGGCCAGCAUUCCUGGAUAGAGCAGCAAAUCCUAGAGGCCAACCCCAUUCUGGAAGCUUUUGGAAAUGCCAAGACAAUUCGAAAUGACAAUUCAAGCCGCUUUGGGAAAUACAUUGAUAUUCACUUCAACCAAAAUGGUGUGAUAGAAGGAGCUCGGAUAGAACAGUUUCUUCUGGAGAAGUCCCGGGUUUGCCGGCAGGCUCCAGAGGAGAGGAACUAUCACAUCUUCUACUGCAUGCUAAUGGGAAUGAAUACAGAGCAGAAAAAGAUGCUGAAUCUGGGCACUGCUUCAGAGUACACUUAUCUCACUAUGGGCAACUGCAUGUCCUGUGAUGGCCGGAAUGACGCAAAGGAUUAUGCCCACAUCCGCUCGGCUAUGAAGAUCCUCAUGUUCUCAGACUCUGAGAACUGGGAUAUCAGCAAGCUGCUGGCUGCAAUCCUGCACCUAGGGAACAUAGAGUUUGAAGCGGCUGUGUACGACAACUUGGACUGCUCUGAUGUGAUGGACUCGCCACACUUUUCAAUCGCAACCAAAUUGCUUGAGGUGGACUCCAGUGAACUCCAGAACAGCCUCACAAACCUCUCCAUCAUUGUCCGAGGAGAAAGCGUGUCCAGGCCUCUGAACAUAGCUCAAGCUGCAGAUGGGAGGGAUGCCUUUGUGAAGGGUAUAUAUGGACGUAUUUUCCUGUGGAUAGUGAACAAGAUCAACUCAGCCAUUUUCAACCCAGCUUCUCAAAAGCCUAAAGACAGAUGUCAGUCUAUAGGGCUGUUGGACAUUUUUGGGUUUGAAAACUUCAGCAACAACAGCUUUGAGCAGCUCUGCAUUAACAUUGCCAAUGAGCACCUUCAGCAGUUCUUUGUGCACCAUGUCUUCAAGCUGGAGCAAGAAGAAUACCUCGCAGAGCACAUUGCCUGGAAUAACAUUGACUUCACUGAUAACCGCCAGGCUCUGGAAGUCAUUGCACUCAAGCCUAUGAAUAUCAUCUCCCUCAUUGAUGAAGAGAGCAAGUUCCCAAAGGGCACAGAUGCCACCAUGCUCAUCAAAAUUAACUCCCUGCAUGGCAAAAGUAAAGUCUACAUCCCACCUAAGAGUGUCCAUGACACCAAGUUUGGCAUCAACCACUUUGCUGGGGUUGUCUUUUAUGAAUCAAAAGAUUUCCUGGAGAAAAAUCGGGACACACUGAGUGCUAACGUAAUGCAAGUGGUUCAUUCCUCCAAAAACAAAUUCCUGAGAGAGAUUUUCCAGGUGGAAACAACCCCACCUAGUCUGGGACGUGGGACCAUCCGGCAUCUUGGAACUGACCAGGCCUACAAGUCUUUAUCCCAAUAUGGCUUUCUGCUGUUCAGAACAUCUGGCCGUGUACAGGGCAUGGAUACCACCAAACGGCUCUCUACUCUGGGAGGACAGUUCAAGCAAUCCCUGGAAAAACUAAUGAAAAUCCUUGAGCAGUGCCAGCCAUAUUUCAUCCGCUGCAUCAAGCCAAAUGACUACAAGAAACCACUGUUGUUCGACCGGGAGCUGUGUAUCAAACAGCUGCGAUAUUCAGGGAUGAUGGAAACCAUUCAGAUCAGGAAAUCUGGCUACCCAGUUCGCUACAGCUUUGAGAAGUUCUUUGAGAGAUACAGAGUUCUCUUGCCAUGGGCUCGUCGAGAACAGCUGAAGAAUGAUGCUCGUCAGAGCUGUAUCUGCAUCUCCGAAGCAGUGCUGGGCAAGGAUGAAAGCUGGCAAGCUGGAAAGACCAAGAUUUUCCUUAAAGAUCAUCAUGAUACUGUAUUGGAGCUGCAACGCCAAAAUAUACUCACAGAUAAGGUUCUUCUUAUCCAGAAGGUGAUGAGAGGAUUGAAAGACAGGAAGCGGUUCCUGAAGCAGAGGAAGUCUGCUGUAGCCAUUCAGUCAGCCUGGCGAGGCUACUGCUGCCGGAAGAACUUCAGAAUGGUUAUGCUGGGUUUCGGACGCAUGCAGGCGCUCUACCGGAGCCAGCAGCUUGCUAAACAGUAUGAAACAACUCGGGAUCACAUCAUCAGGCUUCAAGCCAUGUGCCGUGGUUAUCUAAUGCGUAAAAAGACAGCAGAGCAGAAGAAAGCUGUAUGUGUUAUACAGGCAUAUGCAAGGGGCAUGCUUGCUCGCCGAAUCUACCAGAGGAUGAAGGGGGAGGAACACCUGACUACUCUGGGGAGAGAGGAGGCAGAAGCAAGACAAAGGAGGAAUGCUCUUGCCAAUAAACCAACAAAUCAUGAUGUUCUCAGUGACCAAGAAAUGGUGGACAAAAUUUUUGGGUUUUUACCUUCUAUGAUUGGAGGUCAAGAAGGACAGGCUCCUCUGGGUUUUGAGGACUUGGAAACAAAGCCUAAUAAGCUGGACGAAGUGGACCUGGACAUGGUUCCUAUGAGUGUGGAGCUAGAAGAGGAAACAGAUGGCUUGGAAGAGUACACCUUCCCAAAGUUUGCAGCUACUUAUUUCCAGGGGUCUUCUACACAUACACAUAUCCGGAGACAGCUGCGGCACCCACUACUCUACCAUGAUGACAAGGACAACGUCCUGGCUUCUUUAGUUGUGUGGGUUAUCAUCCUGAGGUUCAUGGGGGACCUGCCAGAGCCAGCAAUGUUUGCCAAGAAUGCCACCACCAAGAGUGGCUCCGUGAUGACACAGCUAUAUGACACACUUGGCAGGAAGAAUCAGGUCCAGUUCAGGAAUGACAGCCCAAAUAUGAGAGAAAGCAGAAAGGAUAACAAGAUUUCGAAGGGGAUUUCUUCGCUGAAGCUGAAACGGUCAUCCAAGUUGACAGGGAAGGUGACAGACCAGCUGAGAAGUGGAGAAGAAGCUUUUCAAGAGGACAGCUCAAUCUCUGAGAGACCUAUGUCCAACCUAGAAAAAGUGCACUUCAUUAUUGGCAAUGCAAUUCUGCGUCCUGACAUCAGAGAUGAGAUUUAUUGCCAGAUUUGCAAACAACUCACUGAAAACAGCAACAGGAGCAGCUAUGCUCGAGGCUGGAUCCUUCUGUCACUUUGCCUUGGUUGCUUUCCUCCUUCAGACACAUUUGUGAAGUACCUGUUGAAUUUCAUCCACCAUGGCCCCACAGGCUAUGCGCCAUAUUGUGCUGAACGUCUGAGACGUACCUAUGUCAAUGGAGCACGGACUGAACCUCCGAGCUGGCUGGAACUUCAGGCAACAAAGCAGAAGAAAGCCAUUAUGUUUAAUGUCACCCUGAUGAAUGGCCAAAGCAUCACUGUCCCUGCAGAUUCUGCUUCCAUUGCCAAAGAGAUCUGUCAGUUCAUAGCAGAUAAAACAAAACUGAAGGAUGUGUUUGGUUUUUCACUCUACAUUGCUGUGUUUGAUAAGGUCUGGUCACUGGGUGGGGGACGAGAUCACGUCCUGGAUGCCAUCUCUCAGUGUGAACAGCUAGUGAAGGAGCGGGGCACACACGAGCGCAAUGCACCAUGGCGGCUCUACUUCCGAAAAGAAAUCUUCACCCCCUGGCACAACUCCCAGGAAGAUCCUAUCAGCACUGAUCUUAUUUACCACCAAGUCAUUCGUGGCAUCCGGUUUGGAGAGUACCGCUGUGAGAAGGAGGAGGAUUUAGUGGAGAUAAGUGCAAAAUAUUGUUACAUCCAGUUUGGAGAUUCCAUCCACAAUGAACUUGUGCAGAAGGUGCUCCAUGACUGUAUUCCAGUGAAACAGCUGAAGUACAAGCCCCUGGAAAAGUGGGUGAGCCUUAUAACCUAUGCACAUGCUAAGGCCCCAUACACACAAGACCGUCUCUCCCGUCAGACUGUGAAGGAACAACUUGUAGAUUUUGCUCGCUUUCAGUGGCCUUUGCUUUUUUCCCGAUUCUUUGAAGUCACUAAGUUUUCAGGUCCCAGCCUGCCCAAGAACCACUUCAUUGUUGCUGUAAAUUGGAAAGGUAUCUGUUUCUUGGAUGAGUCAGAAAAGCGGCUCCUUGAGCUGACCUUCCCAGAGAUAACUGGCAUCCACACCAACAGGGCAGCGAAGUCAUUUGGACAGAGUUGCACUCUCAUCACACUUCGUGCCGAGGAGUUUGUCCUGACAUCCGUCAACAGCGUUGUCAUUGCUGAACUGGUGGUCAUGUUCCUUGAAGGACUGAAAAAGAGAUCACGAUUUGCUGUGGCAAUGCAUGAGAAAAAAUCCCAAGAAGACCCUGCCAUCCUGUCCUUCAAGAAGGGAGAUUUGCUAAUCUUCACUGAAGACAAAAGCCUGGACCCAAACUCUGGCUGGAUCUGUGCCCAGAAUGAAAGGACAGGCAAAACAGGGAAUGUAUUUUUGGAAGAGAUCUACAUAAUUCCUUCUCUCACAAAACCCUCUAGUCAAGUGCUGAGUUUGCUAAUGAUGUCUCCAGACCAGAGGAGGACAGCUUCACAGAACUCCUACAUGGAUGAACCUGAUGAAGAGGAUCUCAAAGUGAAGCCUUAUACCCUGGAGGAGUUCUCCUAUGAACACUUCAGGACUCCUGAGAAGGAAUCCAUCAGUAAAGCUGUUCUUCAGAAAUCCCGCGGGCGCAGUCAACUGUGGGCACACUCUAAGGAGCCCUUGAAACAGCCCUUGCUGAAGAGAGCAUGCACAGACCCUGAUCUUCGGGAUUUGGCCUGUCAGGCCUUCAUUGCCAUCAUGAAAUUCAUGGGUGACUAUCCCUCAAAACAGACACACUCCUCCGUGGAAGUCACUGACCAGAUAUUUGUAGCAGCUAUCCAGGAGGAGGUCCUGCGGGAUGAGAUUUACUGUCAGAUUAUGAAGCAACUGACUGAGAACAGAAACAGGUACAGCGUGACCAAGGGCUGGCAGCUCCUUUGGCUCUGCACUGGCCUGUUUCCACCCAGCAAGUCACUGCUGAAACAUGCCCAGAAGUUCAUGGAGACACGUCAGAAAGAAAGACUGGCCCUGGAGUGCAGUCAGAGGAUUCAGACAGUGAUGAGGAGUGGCUCCAGGAAGUGGGCACCUCAUCCUGUGGAGGUUGAGGCCAUCUUACAGAACAACACUAAGAUCUCACACAAGAUUUUCUUCCCCAAUGAAACAGAACAGACAUUUGAUGUGGGAACAAACACCAAAAUCCGGACUCUGUGUCAGAAAAUCGCUUCCAAAUUGCAGCUGAGUUCCUGGGAAGGUUUCAGCCUCUUUGUGAAGAUUGCAGACAAGGUGAUCAGUCAGAAUGAAGCAGACUAUUUCUUUGACUCACUAAGGCAGGUGACAGACUGGAACAGAAGGAACAAACCAGGGAAAGAUGGGACGACUACGUCCAUGGCUUAUAAUGUAUACUUCAUGAGAAAGCUGUGGCUGAAUGUAACUCCUGGAAAGGACCUGAAGGCUGAUUCCAUUUUUCAUUACCACCAGGAGCUGCCGAAGUACCUCAGAGGCUACCACAAGUGUUCCAAGGAUGAAGCUGUUCAGCUGGCAGGGCUGAUUUAUAAAGUGCACUUCAACAAUGACCGCACGCAGCUGGCAACCAUCCCCAAAAUCCUGAAGGAGCUGGUUCCAGACAAUCUGCUCCGAGCUGUCUCACCAGAUGAGUGGAAGAAGAGCAUUACUGUAGCAUAUAGUAAACAUGAAGGAAAAACUGUGGAUGAGGCCAAGAUUGCCUUCUUGAAAAUGAUACACCGGUGGCCAACAUUUGGAUCAGCCUUCUUUGAGGUGAAGCAAACCUCAGAGCCAAAUUUCCCAGAGAUUGUGCUGAUUGCAAUCAACAAGCAGGGAGUCUCACUGAUACAUCAGAAGACAAAGGAUAUUUUAACAGUCUACCCCUUCAACAAAAUCUCCAAUUGGAGCAGUGGGAGCACAUACUUUCACAUGACAAUAGGGAACCUGGUACGAGGAAACCGGAUCUUAUGUGAGACAUCUCUGGGUUACAAAAUGGAUGACCUGUUAACAUCCUAUGUACGCCUGCUAAUGAACGCUGUAAACAAGCAAAAGAAACUCGCAGCCUGAGAGUGGAAAUAGAAUCCAUGACUUAUACCUGUGCCAAACUACCUGUAAUUUAGGCUCUCAUAAGAAAUGCCAUUUAAAAAAUAUUAAUCUUGAUGAUCAGUCUUCUGAUCACACACUGAAUGAACUGUGUUGCUGAAAUAUUACAAGAGAAGCUCAAGUGAGCAUACGCUUUCAAAUAUCUGUAACACUUGUCUUAGAUGUAGUGUAAGAAUUCAAUUCAGAUUUUGGAUUUAGAGAAACUUUAGCUGGAUUUUAAUGUACUAUGGGGGGGGAGGGGCCCUAAUAUGAGAGCCGCCUCUGCUACUCUCAGUCUCCUCCAUUUUUAAAGAGAGAGACACAUUAACACUUGUCCUCCUUUUGGAAAGAAGAUGUCCCCUUGUUGUAUAUGCUCUUAUCAAAUGCAUAAAAUCCUUGACUCUUUGCAAACAAAGGUAAUGUUAUUUUUUUCCUCCUGUUGGAAAUUCUAAGAGUGGCGAAAUACCUUUUGGUAGUGGGAUAACUGGACACCUUGAAAGGUGAGAUGCUGGUUUUUCAUCCUUUUAUCACUAGGUUAUGUGCUGCAAGUUACAGUACACUAUGACAGACAGUUACUGUCAGAAUAUAACUGUCAUUCCUGGGUGCUGCUAAAUUAGCAAGCCAUCCACUAGUUUACCAUUGCCUUGGUUAAAUUAAAUAGUUUUGUUUUGUCCACAUUUUAUAAUACACUUGGAAACUAACAACUGUUUUCUACUAUGCAGUUUCUAGUAAGCAUAAACAAACUCUGAAAUUAGUCUGAAUUUUGGGUCCAUGACUUUCACUCAGUUGCUCUUAUUUCAUGUUAUGGAUGUGCUAUUCAAUGUAAAUCAGAAUCAAAAGAACUCCAUCUAACAGACAUCUGUUGAAAAGAGACUUUUCUGCUCUAUAAAAUGUUCUCAGCUUGGAGUUAUGCAGACAUUCGUUCAUGAGACAAUAAUAGCUUUAAUUUCUUCCAAUCUUUUAUAUUUUUCGGUUAGCACGCAAUUUGAGUGAUAAAAUUUGAUUCAGCACUUGUUCAUCUCUCAGACCUUUGUAAACACACAACUUUGGUCCUACAGAAACCAAAUUGUGCUCAGAGUGUGUAAAGCAUAUGUGCACUGUGGUGGUGAUAAGCCUAGAUGCUCACCCCAUCAGAGAACAAGUACUCCUUCCUCAACAACGAGCCCUCCCUUGCUCACAGUGAGACGGGGACAUGUCUUAAAGCUUUUACACCAAGUUCCUUGAGACACGAUGUGGCAGUGCUGGAAAAGCAGCUCUGCUAGAUCUUUCAAAUCUGCCAAUGUAUGCACAAUGGUUCUCUUGUUCCCUCAGAUGUGUGUGUGUGAAAUUCAAACACUAAUGGGAGUUUUGUACAUGGGUGACAGGGAAGAGCCCCACUCCCUUUGUGCAUCUAAAUGAGUGCCAUGCUUGUCAGAAUAGUUGAUCCUUUUGCAUGCAAUUAGAUAUUCCUGCUGUAACAUCCACUGUGGGCAAUGGAAACAUUUCAGACUAAUGACUUUGAGUUGUUUUGUCAUCCUACGUCUGACCUAACUGGCUAUAAGUGAGAAGCAUUUAAUACUUCACCUGUACAAACAAGAAAUUUUGCAGCCAAACUACUGUUUCUGGUUUUUAAAUAAACACUGCAGAAAAUUAACCACAAUGUCUUUUUUUAACAAAAAAAUUAAAUAUUCACUCUAGAUCCAUGUAACCUAAACCUACCAAACAUCCACUACAGCCUGAUCAUAGCAUCCCAUCCACUUGUCAUAUAUACAACACAAUUUGUACAGCCUCUAGAAGGAUGAUAUCCCUUUUCUACACAUCCUCGUCAAACAACACAUUACCACAGAAGCAGCAAAGAUCCAAAAUGUGAAUUCACCAUGACAGUGCAUCAGAUUUCCGCAAUCCCCAGAGUUCCUCAGCGUGCAUAAUGCUCUCUGGCUCAGCAUUGCACAUGUAAUUUUUUUAAACUGUACAAUAUACAAUUUUUUUACAUUUGUUUUUUGCGUGAAGACUUAAAGUGUAUUACAGUUAACUUUAUUACAGGAACAGAAAAAGGUACAGUAUUACAACAUUUCAAUCCACAAUCACAUGUUUUGUUUAGACAGCACAAACAAUGUGUGAUAAAAUGAGAGUUCGCCAUGGUGCAGAAUCCACACUGCUCAUCAAGGCCUGAACCAAAGCAAGUAGCUGCUAAUUCUUUUACUCAGUCUAUACCAUCCUCAGCACUUAAUAGUGCUUUACAGACUAGUACAACCACAUUUAUUACAUGUUUGCCUGCAAUCUAUUCCUUCACCAUCCAACCACUUUUUAAAAGUGUCAGUCACAUCAUCGAAUACAAAACAUGCAACAUCUAGAAACUCUCUGUACAGAAAAUUGAACAAUAUUUGCCUACAUUGCACAGACUGUAAAAAUAAAGACCAGGAUGAAAACCUCAGAGAGCAGAUUAGGUUGCCAUAAAGAAAGACUGCAAGUGAUUAAUAUACCCUUUGAAUACAAACAAGCUUCACAUACUGUGGUUUCUAAAAGCAAAACCAUUUUCAAGUGUAUUCAGUGAAUAUUAGUGAUUUUAAUUCAGUAUGGAAAAAUAUAAAUGUAAACCAUAAAUGUAUAUGAGACAACAGCUUUUAGUAACUGUAGACUUCUGAGCCAAGUUCAACCUUGAUAUAAAUCUAUAUUCUCCAGUGGUGUGAUACCUAGGAUGAAUUUGGCCAGCAUGUCUAUUUACAGCAAUGGAAAAAAGCAUGCAGCUAAUUUCUGACUUAGACAUUGACUUUAUUUAAAAACUAAACAAGACAAAAAUCAACCUGCCAGCCUAUCAACACACUAAGAAGAAUUCAUAAGUCUGCAUUAUAUUCUACUUAAUUUUUAAAAAGUGGACUCAAAGUAGAGGAAGAUGCAUUUAUUUAAACUAUUUAUAGUUAUUUCUCCUACUCUUUUAAUUCCACUGUCCCACAAAAGGUAUAUCAGUAAUAUUCACUACUGUAACUCUGUACAUUGCAGGUUAUGGGAAGCAGGAGUAUAAGAAAAAUAAUUGUGAAAAAUUCAUAAUUUAAGAGAUACUACGAGAACAUCACCCUCUGCUAAUAUAGAGGUCAGGGAUUAUGAUUUUUCCCCUUGCACCACUAAUUUUCUCUGAAGAUAGGGACAUAAUCCAAAUCCUAGAGAACAGAACAGCGUAUCAAAGAGAAUGGUAUCAACUGUCCUUUGAGCACUGAAGCUUACUAGGUCUACUGAAUUUCUAACAUGAGACAAGACUGUGAGCACACACUAGAUCUCUAGACCUCUACUUGCAGUACAGACGUUAAUUCCAUUUACCUCUACAUACAUGCAUUUUCCAUUGCUGAACUUGAGAGUGGCCACUGAAAGAGUAUUACCUAUUGUCUGCUAGUUACAUAGUCUUCCUGUAUUUACCAGUAGCUAUGUGGCUGUGUGUUCCUCCACCAUCAUCCCAGAAGGCUGGAGGUACACAGCUGCUCAGAUUUAGCCUUAGACCUGGCAUGUGACUAAAAUGAUAGGAACAGACAUGAAUGCUUUAUGCUGAGAAGAAUCUGCACAACAUACUGAACUGCACCUAGAUCAGUAGUUCUUGUGUUUUAUGUUGUGAAACAAAUGUCAAAGACUAGGCUUACACGACCAGUCUUUGCAGUGGCCACAUACUACUGCACCAAAAGACAUGCUGCUCUUUGUGCCCUUAACUAAAAGGCCAUUUAAAGGCUGGUGGGAGAAUAGUGACUAGCCACAUGUUCUCCUAAAGCAGUGACAAAAGCAGCUACUAUUACUGUAAUCUAUAUUGCAUAUUGGUCAAAAGAGGGUAGAAGAGUUCUACUGUUAAAAUUAGGCCUACCCCCUCAUCAGUGUUACAGUGGAUGCAGUAUA